AUGGAGGCAGAGCUCGACAAAUGGCAUGACACACCGACUGAGCCGGGCAGACUGCGUCGAGUUCAAGACGGUGAGAUAUGGAAGACCAUUAAGGGUGUCGACAGAACUCUGUUCUUUGACAACGCGCACACAGUGGAGCUGCGGAUUGGCGUCACAAUGGGCUUCGACGGCUUCGCCUUCGCAUGCAGCGCGUACGCCAGAAAGCACAGCACCGGCAACUUGUCUCUAUGCGUUCAGAACCUUGAGGUAUCUCUACGUUAUCCCCCAGAAAAUCUUCUCCUAUGUGGUCUUACUCCGGGGCCCCGCGAGUUUAGUGCAGAUGAGCUGCAGCAUUUCAUGGCUGCAUUCAUCACUGACUUGCUCAAACUAUAUGAUGAGAGAAUUGUUGUCAAAACAGCAGGCUGUCCCAUAGUUGCCGUCUGCUGUGACCAUCCUGCAAUGUGCCGGCUGUGCGGUUUUAGUGAUUCUGGCAGCCAGAACAUCUUCUGCACUUGGUGCAGGAUCACAAAGGAUCAGCUAAAGAUGGAGAAGGGUCUUACAAUUGAUGCUUUUCCGCUUUGUGAUGGCGAUGACCACCGCAAACUAGCAGAAGAGUAUAGCAAAUUGCAUACUCAAGAAGAGCGCGAUGCAUUCUGCCAGGCAAAUGGCGUACGCGGCUCUGAGUUGAAUCGUCUGCCGUACUGGAACCCAGUCCGGAUGGCCAUCAUCGACCCGAUGCACAACCUGCUGCUUGGCAUCAUGAAGAACAUCUGGUUUGAUGUCUGGGUCAAGGAUAAAGCCUUGCGCGAGCGAACGCAACUGAAGAGUGUCCCACGCAAGCUCGACCGGAUUCAUGGGUAUCUUACCAAGUUUGAGAUGCCUUCAUGGGUUGCUCGUCUACCGAAAGACGUCGGAUACCCGGCAGGCGGCUCUCUUACAUCAGACAAAUGGAAGGCUCUCCUUCUGGUUUAUGGUCCUAUCAUGAUACCAUUCAUUUGGGAUGAAUGGUCAGCUGUUGCCGAUACUGAGUAUGGCCGAAAGCUUGCUAGCUGGACGAAGAACGAUAAGGCCCACAGAAAGUGCAACGAAAAACGUGCGCGUGGCGAACAAGGUGGCGACCUAGAGUUUGAGGCACCCAAGCCAAAGCGUCGCAUGCACAGCAAGGAUGCCAACAACUUCCUGUCGCUCGCAGCCACCAUGAAAAUUCUCCUUGCAUGA